AUGAAUCAUCAAAUGCGAGCUGAAGACCGCAAUCAAGAACUGUUUCGUCAAUUAGGUGCUGCCAUAUCCGCUAUUCCCACUGCCACAACACAACAGGAGCCUCACUCCAACAAACUUCCCACACUCGAUGUUCCGAAAUUUUCUGGUGAUCGUACUCAAUGGUCUCAUUUUAAGGGAAUGUUCAGGAGCAUUGUUCACGAUAACCGUCGGCUGUCCAGAAUUCAGAAGUUACAAUACCUUAUGUCCUAUCUGACGGGAAAUGCCCUUAAGUUAGUCGAGAAUACUCCUCUGUCUGACCAUGGAUAUGAGUCCGCUUGGAGGUUAUUGCAAAAACAUUUUGAUGAUGGAUUUACAGUUGUUCAUUGCGAGAUUGAAAGGUUUUGUAAAAUCCCAGCCAUCACCACACCAAAUGUGUCAUCUUUCACAACCCUUUAUGCUACUACAGUGUCCGUCCUUGAUUCGUUAGAUGGACAAAAUGCCACUUCCCGUGAUCCUUGGGUGAUUUACCUACUGCUCUCCAAGCUUGAUUCAGAGACUAAGGCUUUAUGGUCGCGAGAGGUUUCAGCCUUGACCCCUACCCUUGAUAAAUUCUUAGAUUUUCUAUCUGCACGCCUCAAGUCAUUGGAGAUGUGCCAAGCUACUCCGUCUAGUGACUAUGAUAAGACAACAACCAAGAUUGCUUCGUCCAAGCCUGUGCGGCCACGUCUUAGUCUGGCUGCUGUCACGGGCGAGUCAUCUCCCACUCCGUGUUUCGCCUGUCAAGAAACCGAUCAUAGACUUUUCCGGUGCCCCAAGUUUCUUGGGAUGUUCCCUUCUGAUCGCCUUAACAUCGUCAGACAAAACAAUUUAUGCCGCAAGUGUAUAACUAGCACUCAUAACACUAGAGAUUGCACCUUUUUUCCGUGUAGGAAGUGUGCAGGUCCGCAUAACACCUUGCUUCAUGAGGCUUUUCAAUCAUCCAACCAACCCACAUCUGCUCAAAGACCCUCUGUUGCAAAAACGAGGUCCACUCCUGCAUUAGCUGCGCCCUUAACUACCUGCCAAACUGACCAAGUUAAUUCAAGUUCACAACCAUCAGGUCCAACUGAUUCAACGGCGCCCGCCACUUCAGACGAUGUGAACCAAGUGGCCAAUGUGUCUUCCAUUACCGCUCCACGCCAAUUCCAAAGAGUAUUCCUUGAAACAGCUGUGGUACAUGUUUUCAACAGACACGGCGUACCAGUCCAAUGCCGGGCAUUGCUAGAUUCAGGUGCUCAAGCCAGCCUAAUUUCGCAGGCAUUAUAUCAAAGACUCAAGUUACCUAAGACCCUGUCGGAUUUGUAUAUUGGUGGAGUGGUGGAGGGGGGCGCGAGGGCGAGAUAUCAGACAAAUUGUGCCUUUCGGUCUCUUUCACAAGAUGCAAACUUCUCUAUUAGUUGUCACAUUGUGCCCUCGGUUCUUCAACAAAAAAUCCCGAAUUGGAAGGUAGAUGUCACCCAGAUUCAAAUUCCAGACUCUCUCGUGCUCGCAGAUCCCACUUGGCAUGAACCCCAGGCAAUAGAUUUGUUGAUUAGUAACGAAAUAUAUAAUGACCUCAUGACAGGUGUAGUACGUCGCCUAGGUCCGGGUCUACCCGUUUUAAAGGAAACCAUGCUUGGUUGGGUCGUCUCUGGGCCCCUUUCCAUCCCUGAAAGAAGUGACUCUGUGGUCAUUGUUGCCGCGACGUUGUCUUCCAUAGACAAAACCCUGAAGAGAUUCUGGGAAUCAGAAGAGCCUUAUGUGGCUCCGGUUCUGCCACCCGAUCAUGAGAAAGUUGAGAAAUGCUAUCGUGAAACCACUGUUCGUACGUCCUCCGGUCGAUACAUGGUCCAGUUGCCCCUUGGUCCCAAUCUUAAUCGUCUUGGGGAUAACCUUGGUCAUGCGACCCGUCAAUUUUUGAGCCUCGAGACCAGACUCAAUCGGAAUCCAGACCUUAAAAAACAAUAUCAGGCUGCCAUGCAAGAGAAUUUUGACUCCAACUUCUUUGAAGAAGUCCCGCUUCAAGAGAUGUUGAACCCCAGUUAUUAUUUGCCCCACCAUUGUGUUCUAAAAACAUCGGGAGACUCCACCAAAAUUCGCAUCGUAAUGAACGCGAGCUCCAAAUCCCAGACUGGAAUAAGUUUGAAUGAUGUCGCUCUCAUGGGACCUGUUGUCCAACCAGAUAUCGUGACAACCCUUCUCAGAUUUAGGGAACACCCUGUGGCUUUUAUCUGCGACAUCAAAAAGAUGUAUCCGCAAAUUCUUCUUCAUCCGCCUCACCGUGACUUUCAUAGAAUCCUUUGGAGAACGGAUUCCGAUCAGCCAAUCAAACAUUAUCGGGCCCUCGGUGUCUGUUUUGGGGUUACAUCCUCCCCAUAUUUGGCCACCCGAACUCUUGUCGACCUGAGUGAUCAAGGUAAAACCUCUCACCCCUUGGCUAGUCGCCUGUUGAAAGAAAACUUUUAUGUAGAUGAUUGUCUAGCGUCAUUUGCAACAGUGGAAGAAGCUAAACACGGUGCGGCACAACUUACUGACCUUUUGGGAAGUGCUGGUAUGUCUUUAUCCAAGUGGAACUCUAAUUCCUUAUCGGUUAUCCCGGAAAAACAAUCAGAAGAAGAACGUCUGCUCCCUGAAGCAUCGUCCACUCUGGGCAUGACCUGGCAUGUCACGGCUGACUACUUUGUUUACAAACGGGCUCCCGGUUCUGCCCCUUCACUCACGAAGAGGGGCUUGUUAUCAUGUUUGGCAUCUUUGUAUGACCCAUUGGGGCUGAUCACUCCAAUUAUAGUACUAGGGAAAUUGAUUCUCCAAUCACUAUGGGUAGCAGGAUUGGACUGGGAUAGUCCACUCCCGGAUCACAUUGUCCAUUCAUGGACAAAAUUCUACAACGCUCUGCCAGCUGUCGAAGAAAUCCAAAUCCCCAGAUGUGUGUCUGACUAUUCCCAGUUCUUUCUCAAAGAAGUUCACGUUUUUGCUGAUAGCAGCUCGUACGCAUAUGGUGCAGUGGCAUAUGCAGUCACCGUUAGCCAAAUUCAACCAGCUCAAGCCAUGUCACGGAUUAUGAUUGCUAAGUCCCGGGUCGCACCCACUGCCCCCACUACCAUACCUCAGUUGGAACUUCGUGCGGCUUUGUUGGCCGCUCAACUCCUCCACAAAAUACGCGAGUCUGUCCUAGUUUCUGAGUAUUUUCUGUGGACGGAUUCAACGAUAGUACUUUGCCAAAUCCGAUCCACUCGCCUUCGUCUAGAACCUUUUCAACUCAGUAGAAUCACAAAAAUCCAAGCUCUCACUGACACUUCACGCUGGCAUUAUGUGCCAACUCAUUUAAAUCCUGCUGAUAUGGUCUCAAGGGGCAUGUACCCUCGAGAGCUUCGAGAUUCUGAUUCUUGGUGGAAUGGCCCCGCGUUCGUAAUACAAGAUGCUUCCAUGUGGCCCAAUGACCCUUCUCAGCACAGUGCAUUAUCGAUGGUCAUUACUAAUAAGCCUACUCAUUCAGAACCUCCUUUCCAUCCAUCUUUCCAAGAGCAUCUCGUCUCUUUAACCAAUAAUUAUGAACGGUUGCUCCGAAUCCUAGAAUAUGUCCGUCGCUUCCUGAAAAAACCAUCCGCUCGUAAUCGAGGACUUCCCAGUACCCAAGAAUUACAAGAGUCAGAAAAAUCCCUGAUUCGGAGUGCACAGAACGACCAGCUCGAGGAGGCAAGGCAGGCCAUAAAAAAUGGCGCAUUACACCGCUCCCAGAGAUUCAAACAUGUGCACCAGCUGUGCCCCUUCAUUGACGGGGAAGGACUGAUCAGAGUGGGAGGCAGAUUGGAAGGGUCAACUGCAACUUAUGAUACCAAACAUCCAAUUUUACUACCAAAAUGUAAAUUGACCUAUUUGAUUGCCAUGCACUUCCAUCGUACACAAAAGCAUAUUGGUCCCCAAGCUCUCCUCGCUACCCUCCGACAGAUCUAUUGGCCUUUAGGUGGGAGAAGUUUGACGCGUAAGGUGGUUAGGGAAUGCAUAACCUGCUGGAAGCAGCGUCCGGUGGUUGCGCAACAAAGGAUGGGAGAUCUACCAUCUCAUCGCGUGGAUUACAGCCCCCCUUUCUCUGUGUGUGGAGUUGAUUUUUGUGGGCCGGUCCUCACGCGUCCCAGUUUUAGGAGAGGAGGUGCAUCAUAUCAAACCUAUAUAUGUGUGUUUGUAUGCUUUGUCACAAAGGCAGUCCACAUAGAAGUAGUAAGCAGUCUAUCCACUGAGGCAUUCAUCGCGGCCCUUCGAAGAUUUUCGUCUAGAAGAGGAGUCCCCGGUCACAUUUAUUGUGACAAUGGAACCAAUUUCAAGGGUGCUUGCAAUCUCUUGGAAAAAUUUUGGAUGUCCUUACAAGAAGACUCAGUCCUCCAGGAAGAGGUCGCCAGAAUGAGAACAAAUUGGCAUUUCAAUCCCGCUAGGUCUCCACAUCACGGGGGACUCUAUGAAGCUGCGGUAAAGUCCCUCAAACACAAUCUGGUUAGGGAGGUUGGCCAAACCAUCCUAACGUUUGAAGAAUUAUCAACCGUUACCUCCCAAAUAGAAGCUAUUCUUAAUAGUCGCCCGAUCUCGCCACUGUCUGAGGAUCCUAACGAACUGACAGCGCUCACCCCAGGUCAUUUCUUGAUCGGUCGUCCACUAAACUCCAUUCCUGAUUAUGAACUCACAAAUCUCUCUCCUCAUGCCCUUACUCGAUGGCAGUUGUGUCAGAAGGUACUUCAACAUUUUGCAGACCGCUGGAGGCAAGAAUAUCUGCACACUCUUCAAAGGCGCUCAAAAUGGUCAGAAACUCAUGACAAUCUUGGGGUUGGAGACAUUGUGAUUAUCUGUGAGAAAACCUCAUCUCAUUCCUACCCACUAGGUAUAAUUGAACGACUCCAUCCUGGUAAAGAUGGUAGAUGCAGAGUGGUCACUAUACGUACGGCAAGGGGAACCUUCACUAGAGCAAUCCAAAAUAUUUCAAAAAUGCCAAUUGAGGGAUUACCACCCUCUUCAUCGCGGGGGGAGCAUGUUCAAGCAUAA